GUUGUUGGCACUGCUCGCAUUGAUUGAACCAUCCAUCCCAGAGCAUUGCAGUCCUUCAGAUCACUUUGCACUUUUCAUCAUGUUGAACACGCCGGGCAUCUGCUUAGAGCAAUACGCUCUUUCCUUCCAAAAUGGCUUCCUUCCCGAUAGUCCUCCUCUACAACAACUCCCUGAUCCCUACUACUCCCCCUGGGAAAGCAUCGCCGCCAACUUAUCCACUCGUAUCGAAGAGCUAGCGAUAAGGCAGUCGGUGGAUGAGUUGCCCGUUCUUACCACUAGCAAGCUAGCAUCCGAGCCGGAAUGGAGGAGAGCAUACGUCGUGCUUGCUUAUCUUACCCAUGCCUACAUUUGGGGUGGAGAUGCACCUCGAGAAGUGUUACCACCCUGCAUCUCGCGGCCCUUUAUUGAAGUGUCGAAACAUCUAGAACUCCCACCGUGUGCAACGUACGCAGCUCUGAACCUAUGGAACUUCAAAGUCUCAGAAGACAACGCCGACCUGACUGACCCCGAUAACCUAUCGGUUGUCAACUCGUUCACUGGCACGAAAGACGAGGAAUGGUUUUUUAUGAUUUCGGUGGCACUGGAGGCCAAGGGGGCACAGCUUAUCCCACUGAUGACCAAUGCCAUCCAGGCCGCCAGUGUCGAUGACGCCGUGCUGGUAAAAGCACAUCUUGACCAGCUGGCCGAAGGCCUUGUGGAGCUUGGGGAGUUGUUGGAGCGUAUGUAUGAGCACUGUCAGCCAACCGUGUUCUAUCAUCAACUACGUCCCUUCCUAGCAGGUAGCAAGAAUAUGGCAGUAGCUGGGCUGCCGAGGGGCGUGUAUUACGACAUGGGAGAUGGUGAAGGUGAAUGGCGUCAGCACAGUGGCGGCAGCAAUGCGCAAAGCUCUCUGAUCCAGACAUUCGAUAUAUUCCUUGGUGUGGUGCACCAUGCCACGGGGGAAGCCAAGGGCUCUACCGGGAAGCCCCCUGUUGCUUCCAAGGCCGGAUUCAUAGAGCAAAUGCGCAAAUACAUGCCAGGACCUCACAGCCGCUUCCUCGAGAUGAUGGUUCGCACAGCCAAUAUCCGCUCAUAUGCUCUGAGCCACAAGGCUGACUCGCCUGUACGGGAUGCAUACAACGGAGCCGUGAUGUCACUGGGAAGAUUUCGAGACAAGCAUGUCAAGAUGGUGACACGAUACAUUAUCGGGCCUGCGCGCGCUACGCCCCCAAUUGAGACGUCUUCGCAGAUCAAUCUGGCGACCAGGACGUCCACGCGCAUGGAAAGCUGGAAUGGACAAGGAGUUACUGAUGGAGUCCAUGGCACGGGAGGGACUGACCUGAUUCCAUUCUUGAAGCAAACACGAGAUACUACCAAGGCUGCAGCUUGCUACUCAGAUUGA